UUGAGAUUCGAGAAGGCGGGGAUGGAUCCGAAGCCGGCGUCCGCGCUGCGAAGGGCAUCGCCGCUGCCGUGGCUGCUGCUGCUGCUGCUGCUGCUGCUGCUGGGCUCGCGGCUGGCUGCAGGCGCGCUCCCUUUCGGCAGCGGUCCUCCCCGGGUCUUCCCUGACCUGCUGUCGGAGCAGCGGUGGCUGCAGAUGGAGGACUUGAGCCUGUCCCUGUUGCGGGGCGGGGGUCUGGGACCCCUGUGGCUCCCCUCGGACCUGCCGGAGCUGGACCCGGAGUGCCGGGAGCUGCUGCUCGACUUCGCCAACAGCAGCGCCGAGCUGACCGGGUGCCUGGUGCGCAGCGCUCGGCCUGUGCGCCUCUGUCAGACCUGCUACCCCCUCUUCCAACAGGUCGUCAGCAAGAUGGACAACAUCAGCCGAGCCGUGGGGAACACUUCCGAGAGUCAGAGUUGUGCCAGAAGUCUCUUAAUGGCCGAUAGGAUGCAAGUAGUUUUGAUUCUCUCUGAGUUUUUUAAUACCACCUGGCAGGAGGCAAAUUGUGCAAAUUGUUUAACAAACAACAGUGACGAAUUAUCAAACAGCACAGUACAUUUCCUCAAUCUAUUUAAUAGCACCCUGACCUGCUUUGAACAUAACCUUCAGAGAAAUGCAGUGAGUCUUCUACCACCAAAAAAUUACUCAGAAGUGUGCAAAAACUGUAAGGCUGCCUACAAAGCACUGAGUGAUCUGUACAGUGAAAUGCAGAAAGCGAACGAACGUGAGCAUAAGGCUGAACCUGGGACACAUUUGUGCAUCGACGUAGAGGACGCUAUGAACAUUACUCGAAAACUUUGGAGUCGAACUUUCAACUGUUCGGUGCCCUGCAGUGACACGGUGCCCGUAAUUGCUGUCUCUGUGUUUAUUCUCUUCCUGCCCGUGGUCUUCUACCUUAGCAGUUUCCUUCAUUCAGAGCAAAAGAAACGCAAACUCAUUCUACCCAAACGUCUCAAGUCCAGUACCAGUUUCGCAAACAUCCAAGAAAAUUCAAACUGAAACCUAUGAAAUGGAGACUGUGUAGUGUACCACUGGAUGGACGGCGAGAGAUAAAACUUGGUCAGAUGAAGAUAAACUGUGAUUUGACGGGUCACGCUCCUGAGAAACGCAAGGACUCCAGAUUUAUUUUUAAAUAAAAAUUUUCAAUCUUUCCUUCCUUUUCCACCCCUUUUUGUAAGGACUGUGCAUUUUUCAUCUGCAGGAAGAGCAGUGUUGUCUUGUUUUAAAGCAUAUUUGUUACAAUAACAGAAGACAAGCGCAGUCUUGGCGUUUAGGACAGGUUGUUGCCGUCUGAGACUUGUGGGUUUUCUUUACUAACAAAAGUACCUCAAGUAGAAAAGUUUUUGAAAACGAGGACUUAAAAUUUAACCAGUUACAAAAAAAGGCCCUGGGAAAGAAAUGUCCUUGCCAAAGGUAAUAGGUCCAACUGGUAAACUCCUCCUUGUUCAAGUAUUAUGUAUAUAUUUAAUAUGUCAUAUGUUAAAAUGGUGUAAGAUUCAGUAUUCACUUUCUCUAAAGUCACUUUUAUCUUUGUAUGAAAGAUUUAUGAUAACUGGUUUCUUACUUGACUUUUAUAAAUGGUAUUUUACAUCUUAUUUUUGCCUUCAUAAGUAAUUUGAAAUCACUUCACUGCUUUAUUGUUCUUAGGACAAGAUGGAUUCUUCUUAUUGCCAGGAAUUUGCAUUGUGAAUUACCUUAAGUUAUUUGGCAAUUUGUAAUUUAUUAGUACUUUAAAUCAAAUGUAGCACUCAUACUGUACUUAAAUUGUGAAUGUUUUUAACGGUGAAAUAUGGGAAUUUUAGGGGGAAGAGAAAGGAGGAGUGGAGAAGCUGAAGGGACAGCAAAGAGGUGCGUGUUCCUACAGGAGGCGGGAUGAUGCUCUCACGGUGCCUGUAGUGACAUGAAGACGAUGCUCAUUUUGAAUUGCUCAAAUUCAGUACUUACCUGGUAGGGGAGACACCGUGAUCAGGCAGGUGGUUUUCCCAGGGAAAACCAGCUCAUCCAUUGCACUUGAGUUGCUUAAAAUCAGAUCAAGGUGAAAUGAGAGGAAGUCACACAUUCACUCUUCAGAAAUUUUGGCUUGGAAUAUUUGAUGUUUGAAAAAGGCUUUAUUUCCCAAUUUUGCACAAUUGUAUUUCUCAGGUUUUUAAGAGGUGAUUCAUUUGCUAAUUCCUUCAUGCUUUCUUGCUGGAAACAGGCCCUAUUUUAAUUGUUGACAGUGUGAAGCCUCCUCUGCAUAGAAACAAGAGCUUGGUUGAAAUAAUGAGAGAAACUGAAUCCAAUCAUCUGCUGUAAGCUGCCCUACAGAUAUACAACAGAUGUUUCUAUUUUUCUAUUUUGUUUUGUUUACCCUUUACACA